CAAAACGGUAAAACCCAAGAGUCAAGACCCCCUCUCUCUCUCUCUCUUUCUCUCUUUCUCUCUUUCUCCCGUUCCGUCAAUCUCCGAUAAAGGUAAUUCAUUUUGGGAGGAUAUCACCUCCCCCAGAAUACCUUCAAUCGGAGAUUUCUAGGGUUCGAUCCAUCUCGUCUAUUUCGUAUCUCCGCUGGGUUUUGCUUUUAUAUUCUGUUCAGUUGCUGUGUAAGAAGUCCGGUCGUUUUCACCGGAGUGUAGAGGAAAAGGAUUCAGUAGGGUUUUGUAUAACAAGAUCAGAUAUUUUGUUGAUCUGCUGCUGCAAUGUAUGGGCCUUUAAUGUAAUUUGGGUGUAUUCAAGUAGCGGUGUUGAUCUUUGGUUCGAUGAGGAAGAAGAGGAAAGGAAGUGAAACUGAUGCUUCUCCUGAGGUGUUAUGCAAUUUUACAUCAUCCCGUGAAUUAAGAUCGUCUAAUCUUAGGUCUCAUUAUUCUCUAGAAGACUAUGCAAGGAUAAAAAAGAAGUGCAAAGAAGAUGUGGUUACCCAACCUAUUGGGUCUUGUAAGAGUAGACUUGCAGGGAUUGCUACUGCUCCACCUUGUGGUGCCUCAUCUUUGGUGCCACCUGGAAGAGGCCUUAAGAGAAAGAUAGGGUGCAUAGAUGUAAUUACACAAACAGGUAGGAAGAACAAGAUUGAGGAUGACUAUGUUAAGGGUGACACCAUUGGGCAGGGGAAAUUUGGGUCAGUGUGGUUGUGUUGGUCCAAGAGUACUGGUGUGGAAUUUGCCUGCAAAACUUUGCAAAAGGGAGAGGAGACAGUUCAUAAGGAGGUGGAGAUAAUGCAGCACUUAUCAGGUCAUCCAGGGAUUGUGACUCUACAGGCAGUGUAUGAGGAGCCGGAUCGUUUUCAUCUUGUUAUGGAAUUGUGCUCUGGAGGACGAUUGAUUGACCAAAUGAUGGAGGAUCGUUUCUCUGAGCAACGUGUGGCUAAUAUUUUCAAGGAUUUGAUGUUAGUUGUUAAGUAUUGUCAUGAUAUGGGAGUCGUACACAGAGAUAUAAAGCCUGAGAAUAUUCUCCUUACAACUUCAGGAAAGAUAAAGCUGGCAGAUUUUGGACUGGCCAUGAGAAUUUCCGAUGGUCAGACUUUGUCUGGUUUGGCUGGAAGUCCAGCUUAUGUUGCACCUGAAGUCCUUUCAGGGAAUUAUUCUGAGAAGGUUGAUAUAUGGAGUGCCGGUGUAUUGCUUCAUGCUCUCUUGGUUGGUGUUCUUCCAUUUCAAGGUGAAUCUUUAAAUGCGGUGUUUGAGGCAAUCAAGAAUAUAAAGCUUGAUUUCCACACUGGGAUAUGGGAGUCAAUAUCUAAACCUGCACGUGAUCUGAUAUCAAGAAUGCUGACAAGGGAUGUUUCAGCAAGGAUAACUGCAGAGGAAGUGCUAAGGCAUCCAUGGAUAUUAUUUUACACAGAGCGCACAUUAAAGACACUAUCCAUCAAAUCAAAAUCAAAGAACCAGGUAGUCGGACCUUCCCAACAACUUCUCAUCUCACCUGGAACAGAGUCAAAAAUAAUCAGGGUCCCUGGUGGCCCUCCACUAUUAACAUCUGAUAAUUCUAGCUGUAAGUCUGAGGAACAAGAUGAAAACGAAUUGGUGGAUACACUUGCUGUGGCAAUUUCACAUGUGAGGAUUUCAGAACCUAAGAGAAGCAGACUCUGUAGUCCUGCAGGACCAAGAGAGAAGCAACAUUCAGUUAACUUGACAGCUAACAAUCAUCUCUGUAGAGCAUUUUGAUCCUGCUGAUGAACUGACACCGUUAACAUGAUUAUCUCCAAUGUUUUUUGAGCUGGGGAUUUGGAAUUAACUGGCCCCGGUGCAAUUAUAUGUGGAGUGGGCAGAUAUGAUGCUUACAAGAGAAGAACAGCUCUUUAUGGGUUUGACUUCUGCGGCUUUGUUAACUAAAUAAUUCUUUUGAGCCGAAUGACUUGGCAGAAUUCAUGUACAGAGAUUUUUUGUAAAUAAGAGUGUUUUAAUGCACGUUAGUAUCAUAUAUUGUUGCCUCCCAUGAUAGAGUGAAAUUACAAUUUUCUCCGGCAUAGAUAUGUCGUUCCUGAAGAAACGUGAUGUUUUCCCUUGGCUGUAGAGGGACAGGUGAGUGUUCUCUGAGUUGCAUUGCUUUGAUGCUGUGGACAUGAGCGAAAUAAGAGCAGGCGUGAUUU